AUCCUGCUGGUGUAAAUGUAACCAGCCAUGAGACUUAACUUCAACUGGUAGCAUAGAUUAUACUCUUCUACUAGUCUUUUUGGAAGAAAUCAAACACAUCUUUGAUGUAAACAAAGGUUUUGAAUGUAGUUGCUUACUCAAUUCCAAAUAAUUUACACAAUAGUGUCAUGUAUAAAGCCUGCUCUAUGCUGGAUAAGCGGAUGUGAUUGGUUCCUGGAUAUUUGGUUAAUCAGAAAUGAAUGCAAAUGGACUAGUUGCUAGACUGAUCUGCAGAGCAAAUUCAAAUGCUCUCACAAGAUUUGUGUUAUUUAACCCAGGCUACAUGUCGUGCAGUAUACAUUAUGUUUUGAAACAUGCAUGUUAAGAAUUUUCAGAUGGGUCAGAUGUCAAAAGCCUCUAAUGUGUAUAUUUUAUUAUAACAAUCUAAAGCAGCCUAACAUUUUCCUUUUUAAGCUUUCUUCUCCUUCUUGUUUGUAGCUUGCACUAACAUGCAAAGUAAGCAGUUUGACAGUAAUAACCACUAAAACAGUCGGUUUAACACCAUCGAUGCACACAGCACACAACAACAGCACUCAACAAGCAGGGAGAAAAAGAAGCUAGGUUUCCAACUUUCUUUUGAACGAUACACAAAUUAGUUCAAUUGAAAAAUACCCCGGUCAAGACAUGAAUGCAGAUUUUCUAAUAGCAGCCUUGGGGAGGCCCAUGCACCCUGGCAUGCUGUAUAAUGCUCGCAACGACACAGUUAUUCCAGGACUGAAACUAUGGGAUGAUGCAGACAUGCAAAAGGUGCUGAGGAUCAAGGGGCAGCAGAACACCAGCUUUAACGUGACUGCGUCCGACUCCUUUUCCAAGAAAUCCAAACUGCUUGAAGUCAGCGCAAGACUGAAGGCCAGCUUCCUGUCCGGGAUGGUGGAGGUGGAGGGGAGCGCCCAUUACCUGAAGGACAGGACCACGUCCAGGCACCAGUGCAGGGUCACUUUGCAAUAUAAAGAAACCACCGUGUUCAAGGAGCUGAUGACGCUGGAGAUGGACAUCAAACACCCAGAUGUCUUUGAGAAAAAUGAGGCCACGCAUGUCGUCACGGCAGUGCUUUAUGGGGCAGAGGCCUUCAUGGUGUUUGACCAGAUGGCAGAGGACAUCCAACAAAAGCAAGAGAUCCUAGGUGAGCUGAAAGUCAGCGUUAGGAAAAUACCGCAGGUUGAAAUCUCAGGUGAGGGCAAGGUGGUCAUCAACGAGAAUGAGCGGAAAAAGGUCAAGAAGUUCAAAUGCACUUUCCACGGUGACUUCAAACUGAAGGAAAACCCGUCUUCCUAUGAAGAAGCUGCCAUUGUGUACAAGAGUUUACCAACGAUGCUGGGCCAGAAAGGGGAGGCCGCGGUACCCAUCAAAGUCUGGCUGUACCCUCUGAAAAACAUAGAUCCCAAGGCUGCCCAGCUGAUUCGCGAGGUGAACUCCACUCUAGUGGCCGCCUUCGAAGCUGCGAUGGAGGAUCUUCACAAAGCGCAGACCCGAGUCCGCGACCUGAUAAAGGUGAGCAAACUCAUUCCAUUGUCUGAGAUCACGGCCAAACUGGAGGUCUUCCAAAUGAAGCUGAGAGGAUACACCGUGGUGCUGAAGAGGAAAGUGCUCGAUGUUCUCCCAGAAAUCAGGGGGGGCACGAUGGAGGAGACUGCCUUCGAAGAGAUCCUGAAGUUCCACCAUGAAUCCUCUUUCACUAAGAAAAUGAUGACAGAGUGGCUGGAUGAAAAAGAAACGGAGAUGGGCAUCGUGUCCUCUUAUAUUCACCUCAUGAAGGGCAUCCCAGUCGUGCCGCCAGGGCCCAAUCUGCACAAAGUCCUUUACCACCCAAAGCUUGAUGCCGUUGCCAUGUUCAGCUUCACCUCGCUCGAGUAUGCCGAGCCGUAUCUGGCCAACCUCGAUGAGUGCCUCCGCUGUGAGAAGUUCAGAAAGAUGGAUGAUGCGAAGGUUGCCACCGAGAAAUCCUUUGUGAAGAACACCAUGCCGUGGUAUGAGCAUCCCGAGGCCAUCCCUGCCAUGCGAGUGUGCCUGAGUAACUUUUUCCUAGUGAAGGGCCGCUGCGACAAAAACGCCCUGCACACCGCUCUGAUCAGCUUUGUGUCGGACUCAUCUUACCAAGGAUCCUCCAUCCGUGUGUAUAGAAACGGGAAGUGUGUGAACCCGCAUUAUAAACCUCCAAACACACAGAGGGAGUCGGGGAGAGGCGUCAAUGAUGGCGAUCGCCCAAAAGCAGACGGAGCCCAGGACCCAGGAGACGUCCUGUUCGGGCAGAAUCCCGCACCCAAUCAGCAGACUGGACUAAACCUGGAUCCUCCUGACAGAUUCAGUGGAUCUCAAAACUCAUCUAAAAUCACCUCAACCGAAAAAGAGUUCUGGUGUCCAUAGUAGCUCUUUCUGCAGGCAUCCAAAAAUCCAAACAUCACCACAUCCAGGCAUCCAAACAUCACCACAUCCAGGCAUCCAAACAUUACCACAUCUAGGCAUCCAAACAUCACCACAUCCAGGCAUCCAAACAGACUUCAGAAACAGCAAGAGCAAGACUGAGAAGAUGAAUUAACCAAACCAUUUUAUUUUAAGGUUUAGUGUGAAUUGUGAUAGUUUGUUUCAUGAAACUUGGGCAAUAUUUAACACAUAGAUUCUAUUAAAUCCUGUUGAAUAUUAAAUAACCAUUAUUUUUAGUUAGAGUAGAGUUGCACGUAUAAUUUAAUAAUAGGUAUUAAAGAUAUACAGUGAUAUCAGA